ACCAUUCCCAAACCGAAAGGCGCCGUGCCAAAGUUCGGUUUACCGGGAUGGAAGAUGAUGCCUCUAGAGAAUAAAAUACCGAUGAUACCUGGACCGAAGAGUGCUUACAACUUUACGCGAUGCAAAGUGGGGAAAAAAUUAUGGAGAAUGAAUUUAGAAUUUAAUUUGAGCGAUCCUUAUUACCAUGAAACCAAAUUCCUUUAUGAACCCUUGCACGACGAGCAUCUGUUUAAGUUCUUUUCUAGACCAAUUAAUCGGAAAUUUCUACUGAAAGCCGAUCUAAUCACAGAUAGCAUGGACGUGAAGUGUUCGCUGCACGAUUAUAACGAAUACAGAAAAUAUCUAAGGCAGGUGCAUGCUGAUCGUAUCAAGAGGGAGUUGAAAAAAAGAAAUCGGCUCUUUGUCGAGAGGAGAGCCUUACGCUUUGCCGAAGAUCAGGCGCGCAAGGAAGCGGAAAGGUAUAAUUCAUAAUUGCUACGUGGUAAGAAAAAUAUCAUUUUUAAUGUGAAAAAUUUCUACUAGCCAAGAAAGAGAUAUCUCAUCAUCCUAAAUACUUUUUGUUUCGUAAUCCUUUUCUUAAAUACAUAGAAUAGAAUUUAUUACACUUCAGCAUACAGUUAAGAGGACUUGGUUUACAUAUACA